AUGUUCUUUUCCAGGUUGAUUACUUUGUAUUUUACAUCUUUUAGUACAUUUCUUCCACGCGAUUUUUCGAACUUUCGAAAUCACUUUUUCAUCUCGGCUUUUUCGUCAUUAUUCAUUUCCAGAAUCGCGAUGUCGUUGGGCGGCAAGGUGGCGUUGGUGACAGGCGCUUCGCGCGGCAUCGGCAAAGGGAUCGCCGUGGAGUUGGGAAAAGCGGGCGCUACGGUUUACGUGACCGGAAGACGACCGGAGCAAAGCGACAAGGCCGUCAAUCAAACCACGUUGGAGCAAGUGGCUCAGGAGGUGAGGGAUCGAACAGCCCGGGGGAAUAUUUACCGACUUUCUGGGCGAUAACAAAAGAUUUGCGAAAAAAUUGUCUUUUAAACCGUAAAUUUUAAUUUUUUCCUCGAAAAAAUCAAUUUUUUUAGCUCCAUUUCAUAUUUCCAUGCCCUCCAAUCGACUAAUCUUUCCAUUACAUCUCUUUAUCAUCAUUUAUUUUUGAAAAUCCCGCGGUAUUCUCCAAGCCGCGAUUCGCAGCCUGCCCUUCGUAGGGCGCACCUCGGGAAUUUUCCUUUUUUCGGCAAAUUGAGUAAUUUCGUUUGAAGUUGUGGCCGGAAUGGAUGGAGCAAUUUCAACAAAGUCUCUAAUUGUAUUUGUUUAUAGAUUAGCGCCGGUGGCGGCAAAGGAAAGCACGUUUACGUCGAUCAUUCUGAUCCGAAGUCGGUCAAGGAGCUGUUUGAGCAAAUUUCCACGGAAAACAAGGGCCAAUUGGACAUCUUGGUGAACAACGCGUAUGCUGCUGCUAAUGUAAGUUGUAUUCCAGCUUCUCCUUUCUGUUUGAAUUUAGGUAUGCUUCAUUUUUGGGGAAAACUGGAAGAGUCUCCAUUUUAAUACGUAGCAUAAUGUAAAUGCAUGGAAAAGUAUUUCAAAUCGUCGAGAAGUGUCUGAGAUUUGUUGAGAAGAGCGCUAAUAGCAUUAUUUUACAGUUCAUCCUCAAAAACACCAGCAAAAAGUUCUGGGAGAUCGAUGCGGACCCGGCGUACGCUUAUGACGUCAUCAACAAUGUUGGCCUCCGAAAUCAUUACGUAUGCCUGGUGCAUGCGGCUCGUCUUAUGGUACCACGCAAAUCCGGACUGGUUGUGAAUAUUGGAAGUCUUGGCGGCAUCUCCUAUUUCUUGAAUGUUGCUUAUGGAAUCGGAAAGGGAGGAAUUGAUAGGUUGAGCUCGGAUGCGGCCACUGAAUUGGCCGGAACUGGAGUUACCGUGGUUUCCUUGUGGCCUGGCGCUGUCAAAACCGAGAUGAUCCAGAAUAUGGUGCUGAAGGAAAAGAAUGACUCGGUAGGAAGAGAGUUCCUAUAUUGUACUAGAGGUUGGCUACGAUUUUUUUAUUUUGUUUGAUUUUUAGUCGGAUUUGUGGUUAAUGCAUAAUAUUCUUCUUUGACUUGAAGCUGAUGUUUUUUUAUUGGAUUACGAAUUCGUUGCCUAUAACAGAAUUUUUGCCUUAUUUUAGGAAAAAACACGUUGUACUUGGUGAAUUUUGUAAAAUCUUUUGAUGUUAGCCACUGUUAGUGUGUAUUAUUGUUUGCUGACGUUAGAACACAUCUUAUUUUACAAUUUAGACGAUGAUUGAGACCGAUUGCAAGUUUUUAUCACUGACUUUUUUCGAUUUUAGGCCGUGUACAAGUACUUUGACGAAGGUGAAUCCAUUUACUACCCUGGAAAAUGCAUUGUGAAGCUUGCCACUUUGCCCGAUCUCAACAAACAUUCUGGAGAAAUUAUUACCACCACCAACUUGGCAAAGGAGUUCCAAAUCAAGGAUGAAGAUGGACGUAAGUUGUCUAGUGUAAUAUGAGUUAAUAUUAUCUCGGUUUUUGAGAGAAGAGUAUUUUAUUUUGUGUUUUCAGACCUCCCAGUUGAUCCCAAUGUCGUCAAGAACAUGGACUACAUCAACCAGAUGAACGCGGUCAGAACCAAGGUGUUGAAAUCUAGUCAAUAA